AAUGGGAUAAACAUCAAAAUAUUCGCUGGCCUUGACCUAAGAAAUUGUGUCAACGUCUCGUUCCUGAUACUGAGCAUAUCCGACUUCGCUUACUUGCUGGUCGAUUACAUCGUAUUCCUAUUAAACAUUCUUAUGGUGGAGGGAUAUAGACUUUCUGUUGAGCCGAUCUCUUUCAUAAUUUACUUCCUGACGUUCAACCGAUUGUUUUACGACCUGUCCAACACAGUCACCUGCUUCAUCGCGGUCACCAGGUGCUGCUGUAUCGUUUUUCCUUUCAGAUUUAAAACCGUGUUCACCAGGUCAAGGACGCUCACGAUAAUAGGGAUAAUCUACAUUCUCUUUCUAUCCGAAUACAUGCCCCUGAUUGCUUACGUUGGACUUGACGGUGUGUACAACGCAGUCUUGAACAUGACCCAGACAGGUAUACGCUAUCCACCGAGUCGACUGGCCAUGGUCAGGGUGAUCUCGGACAUCUUGAAUAAAAACACACUUCUCUUAGCCACCUUUUCAGUUUCACUGCUCUGCUUGGUCGUCAUUAGAAAUGCUUUAAGUUCUGCAUCGAAAUUUCAAAGUUCUUUGGUAACGCAGUCAUUAAACGUCCCAGAAUUGUCAAAGUCGGUACAUAAUUCCACUGGGGAUCCCGGAAGAGGUCUCAAAAGUCCAAAAUUAUUGCAGUCCUCCUCUGAGCUCCGAGUCAUCAAGGGCGUGUCUAUAGUUUUGAUCAUGUCCAUGUUAAGUCACAUCCCGCAAAUGUGUCUCUGCUAUGGCAAGUUGAUUGUUCCAGAGUUGAGCUAUGGGCUGCGCUAUGGCAACUGGUACGUCCUGAUCAACGCCAUCGCCAUGUUUGUCGUUGAAGUGAACACAUCGGCCAAGUGUUUUGUGUAUUACAGAUUUAACGGUCGUUACAGAGAGCGACUCAAAUCCUGGUUUAAAUUGUGGUCGAAAAUGAAGAAAUGA